AUGAAGCGUCAGAACAUCCGAACGCUUUCAUUAAUUGUGUGCACGCUGACCUAUCUUUUGGUGGGAGCCGCAGUGUUUGAUGCGCUUGAGUCGGACAACGAGCUCCAGCAACGAGCAUUAGUUCGAAAAGUUCGCGAAAAGCUUAUUAGCAAAUAUAAUAUGUCGAACGCGGAUUACGAUAUUUUAGAGGCGACUAUUGUGAAAAGUGUUCCUCACAAAGCUGGAUAUCAAUGGAAAUUUAGUGGCGCUUUUUAUUUUGCGACUACCGUAAUUACCACAAUUGGUUACGGUCACAGUACCCCGAUGACAGCUGGCGGAAAAAUAUUUUGUAUGUUCUAUGCGUUGGCGGGAAUCCCGUUGGGUCUUGUAAUGUUUCAAAGCAUUGGUGAACGAAUGAACACGUUUGCGGCGAAAUUGUUGAGAUUUGUGAGAAGGGCAACCGGGAAGCAGCCUGUGGUAACACCGAUGGAUCUCAUCUGGAUUGCGUGCGGCUGGGGCGCGUUCCUAAUCGCUGGCGGCGCGCUCGCGUUCUCAAAAUACGAGAAUUGGACCUAUUUCGACGCCGUCUAUUAUUGCUUCACAACUCUAACGACGAUUGGCUUCGGCGAUUUUGUCGCGUUGCAAAAACACGGCGCACUACAAACCCAACCGGAAUAUGUCGUCUUCUCAUUGGUGUUCAUUUUGUUCGGUUUGACGGUCAUCUCGGCGGCGAUGAAUCUACUUGUUCUCCGAUUCUUAACAAUGAAUACCGAAGAUGAGCGUCGCGACGAGCAGGAAGCAAUUCUCGCCGCCCAAGGUCUCGUGCAAGUCGGCGAUGGCGAUGAUCCGAUUCAAGAAGGCCGACUACCUCUAUCCGAUAACAUAUCGAUUGCCUCGUGCUCUUGCUAUCAGCUUCCGUACGAACAAGUCAGGCAGAGGCACAAAAAGAACUAA